GAUAUCAGUUACAAACAAUUUCAAGAACGUUACAUUCUUUUUCUGCUGCGGUAACAUACACAAUAGAUUUCUUAACUAUUUGUAUGUUGUAUGCAGUUGAUCACACUGAACUUACAUAGUACCUAAUAAAGUGCAGAAAUAUUACUACACAAACAGCAACUAAUUUUCUCGUUCGCGUAAUGAAUAAAUCAAAUAAAAUAUCUGAAUUUUCACUUCCUUCGAUAUUAUGUAUUAACACAGUCUUUUCUUUCAUCGAAAUCAAAGAUUUUCUGAGAUUGAAGACACAGAUUCUGAUAUCUUACAAUGAUCAUGAAAGUUUCAGUAGUUCUCUCUUUAAACUCAUCAGAAAAGAGUAUAUAUUUUAUCCAAAACCCUAUGGUUUCAUUUUAUUUCAGGUACUACGUUUCAUACUACCCAUUCAGCUGAAAAAAACAUUAAUAAUGGUGAUAUUAAUGGACUUGGCACUUAUUAUUAUGCUGAUGGACGAAUAUAUGUGGGCAUUUUGAUUAAUGGUAAAAGGAAUGGAUAUGGUGUAUUCAAGUUUGCAAAUGGAGAUCGAUAUGAAGGAAGUUUUAAAGAUGAUAAUAUGAAUGGAAAUGGUAUUUUCUAUUAUGCUGAUGGAGAAAAAUAUGUAGGCAAUUGGAUUAAUGAUAAGGUCAAUGGGCCAGGUGUCUUUAUGUGGCCAAAUGGGGAUCGAUAUGAAGGAAAUUUUACAGACGAUGAUACGAAUGGAAAUGACACUUUCUAUUUUGUUGAUGGCCGAAAAUAUAUAGGCAAUUGGAUUAACGAUAAGAUCAAUGGUCCAGGUGUCCUUACGUGGCCAAAUGGGGAUCGGUAUGAAGGAAAUUUUAUAGACGGUGAUAUGAAUGGAAAUGGCAGUUACUAUUAUCAUGAUGGAGGACAAUAUGUAGGCAAUUGGAUAAAUGGUACAAAAAAUGGACAAGGUGUAUUAAUAUACCCAAUUGGAAGUCGAUAUGAAGGAAACUUUAAAGAUGAUCAUAUGAAUGGAAAUGUGACAUAUCUCCAACUCCACCUUCGUCAUUAUAAUAACACGAAUGAUGAUGAUGAUAACAAUAAUCGGCCAAUAUCAUCAAUAAAUUUACAUGAAGAUUGGUUAGCUACAGGUAAUACAAAUCAUAUAGUUAUUGUUACAUAUACAUCAAUAAAAUCUAAUGAAAAUUUAAUUAUAUUCGAUCUUAAAAAUUUGAGUUUACGUACACAUCAUACAGAAGUUCGCCUUAUUUCAUGGAAUAUUCCAUAUGAAAAAUUAGCAACUGUUGAUGAAAAAUGUGUGAUUUUUGUUUGGGUUAAACAUGAUAAUCGUUGGUGA